AUGGGAGACACGAACUUGAAGCCGGAGCUCGUUCGAGAAGUACAGAUGGGUCCCUUUAAACACAAGGUUGACGACGGCCUGGAGCUUCGUAAGAGCGCCUACGAGACACUUUACACAUGCCUUGAUGUCGCAUUUUCUGCCGUCAACCUUCCCGAGGUCUACGAUAGGAUUAUUGCCGGUAUUGAAGACGAACAGGACAUCAGAACUCUUUGCACCCUCAUGAUUUCCAAGUUGAUGACGCUGGCGCCGGAAGAAACACUUGCCCGACUUGAUGCUUUCAGUAACUCAUUCCGGGUCGUAUUGUCCGUCAAACCCAAAGAAUCAGCUGUUAAACAGGAGCUGGAGAAGGCGCAGGAGGCAUCUAUUGGCGUACUGAAGGUCAGCCGGGAGUUACAGAUGGCAUUCCCUGCUGCAGAGGCGUCUAAUGACCACCACUCCUGGAAGAGCUAUGUUGAGUGGAUUUCAAAGGAUUUUAUGCAGCUUCUACGCUCCAUCGAUUAA